AUGGCCAAUCCCCCAGAAUCAGAUCGCAGCCGGAGUGCUCGAUGGUUGGUUCCGUUUUGCUUGGUCUUGAUUCCUCUCUGGGUGAGUCUUGUCAACAAGACCGUCCCCGAACCGUACCUCGACGAAGUCUUCCAUGUCCCACAGGCACAAGCAUACUGGUCGCAUAAGUGGACGCAAUGGGAUCCGAAGCUCACAACGCCGCCGGGCCUGUAUUUGUGCUCAUACAUCGUGUUCGCUAUUGUGCUGCUGUUACGCGGAUCCCCGACAAAGCUCACCCCGGAUGUCCUGCGCAUGACGAAUGUCGGUGCGACAACAGUUAUUUUCCCUUGGAGACUGCAAAAUUUGCUUGAUACCAUACAGAGGACGACAAAUACUCGGCCAUUGGGAGCGAACGUGUCUCAUACCGUGCUGAACAUCUGCUUGUUCCCCCCGCUGUUUUUCUUCUCUGGCCUCUACUACACCGAUGUUCUUGCUUUGUUGGUUGUCGUGGAGGCAUACAAUUGGGACCUGAAGAGAGACGCAGAGACAGACCAGCAAACCGAUUCCGGUAAAGACACGAUAAAAGCGCCUCGCAAUAAGGUUUUGGAUACAUUGGGAUUUCUGGCUUUCGCGCUGGCUGCACUGGUUUUCCGACAAACCAAUAUCUUCUGGGUUUCGGUUUUCCUAGGUGGACUUCAGGUGGUCCGCAAGAUUCGAAAGUCUGCCACGCCCUGCAUGUCAUCCAAAGUGGCAACUAUCGUGAAGCAAGGCUUCCAGAAUGAGGUGUAUGAUCCUCUUGUUUCGGAGGCUUCCUUGGAAGAUUACCUGAAGACCGCUAUUUCACUUGCGACUGUCGGCCUGAGACAGCCUUUCUCUCUCCUCGUUUCUCUCAUUCCUCACAUCGUCGUCCUUGCGGCCUUCGGUGCAUUUGUACUUUGGAACAACGGAGUCGUCCUAGGCCACAAGGAGUUCCAUACCGCCGGUAUCCACCUGGCUCAGAUGCUCUACAUCUGGCCGUAUUUCACCUUCUUCUCAUGGCCUCUUUUCGUCAUUCCCCUGAUCAACAUUUUAACCCCAAAGCCACUUCCUCAAUAUUUGAACCUCGGCUUCCCGCCGAAACAGAGGAAAUAUCCCAAGCUCAUGGCAGCCCUGAUUGUAAUCCCGAUGAUGCUUGCCGUUGUCCACUUCAACACCAUUGUGCACCCCUUCACCCUUGCUGAUAACCGCCAUUAUGUAUUCUACGUGUUCCGAAUUCUUUUGCUUCACCCAGGAAUCAAGUAUGCUGCAGUGCCGGUCUAUUUCCUCUGCGGAUGGGUCGUGAUCUCCGCCUUUGGAUUUACCACCAUCCAACGUCCGCCCAAAACCCUGCGAGUUCAGAAAUCUGCCCCAGUUGUGCCCCCGGAUCCAACUCCGGCUCCAGCUCCGGCAGCUCAAGAGCCCAAACCCACCAAGCCUUCUGUGCGCAAGCCUUUAGAGGCGCAUCAACAACCACCAAAGGGAACGAAGAAGCCCAACCGACCCACUAACAAGAAGACCAAGAAGGCCGAUCCACCAGCAGAGACCAAGAACGGUGAUCCAUCUCAGCUACCAGCGGAGAUUACGGAUCCAAAUGACCCUGCGGUCCUGGCUAGGGUCCAGGAACACAUCUUCGCGCGGCAGAGAGAAUUACUGGAGGCACCGCGCGUUAGCUUCGUCCUGAUUUGGCUGACCGCUACUUCCCUUUCGCUCAUCACAGCACCCCUUGUCGAACCCCGCUACUUCAUCAUCCCGUGGGUUAUGUGGCGUCUGCAUCUUCCUCCUCUGCCAUGUCUGUUCAGGGACCGAGAGACUCGCCCCCGCACAGAGGAAGCUAAGCGCCGCUCCGACCUCAUUAUCAACGCCCCAAAGUUCGUGGAGACGGUUUGGUUCUUGACCAUUAAUUUCAUCACCGGGUAUGUCUUCCUGUACAAGGGCUUUGAGUGGCCGCAGGAGCCUGGAAAGACUCAGCGAUUUAUGUGGUGA